AGAAAUUAAGACAGAGUGAGAUUACAAUUGAAAACGCUAAUCAAGAGUUAGACAAAUUACGGGAAGAAGUAAAAUUGCUUAAAGGAAUUAUCGAACAAAAAGACAAAACUAUAAACACUUUACAAACCGAGAACGAAACCCUACGAAGUACAAAUGAAGAAACUCAAGCCACGAAUAUUCAACUUGCUGCUGAAGUUGAACAUAUUCGUAAUAGAAAUAUUAAUCUCCGCCAAGAACGCCAUGUAAAUUGCAACAAUUUUAUUGGAAGCCAACAAGAACACAUAGAAGACUUGCAAAGAUCAAUAAGGGUAAAAGAAGAAUCAGACCAUGUUUUUUGUAAUCAGAGAAUAAAUCGUUUAGAAAAUAGAAUAUCCUACUUUGAGGAUCGGGAAAGACAGCGCGAACACGAAAUUGAACUUUCUCCAUAUUUUCCUAGAAGUGAUGCUUUCCUCGGUGAACAAGAGUUUUAUCAACAAUUUAAUCAUUAA